UGUCGUCACAAGCCUUCCCGAGCCGCCACCUGGUUGGGUUUUCUCUUUGCUUUUUCAGGGUCAGCAUGAUUCCCGCACGCCUCCGUAAAGAGGGAAACUUGUGAAACGACGUGUCCCCUUCACCCCUGUCACAGCCGGCAGCAGGUCCUGCUUUCAGGGAGGGCAGCGCUGGGCUGCCGGCUGUUGGUGGUCGGGCUGCGGGUUUCUGCUCUGUCGCUGCCAGUGCGUUGUGAUUCCCGGCAGCCGGGCCAGCGCGGUUUCGCCCUCUGCCAGUGCUCAGGGCUGCCAUCAGAAGGGCAGUGCCGGCAGUGCUCACACUGCUUUCCAUAGCACACACGGAGCGCUCGGCUCGCUGCGGGACUCCAGGAAUGAGCGCGCACAGAGGAUCCGUGUAGCUGCUCCUGCCUGCGCGCAAGGUGCCGGCUUUGGGCUCUGCCCCCUGCCCGCGCUCUGGUGCUGCCAACUCUUCUCCAGCCCUGCAGGUAGAGGAAAAUCUUUAACAAGAUUGGGAAGAAAAGAGGAGACAAUUUCUCUUUACUAUUCUAUGGGAAAACAAGCUGUUGGAUUAUUGUCUGGAAACUGUGCAAAGUGCCAAGAUGAGCAGUGAGAGCCUGGAGAACCCUGGUCCCUCCCCAUUGACUGAAGGCCUGAAGAGAAAGAGGGGAAGACCAAAGAAACAGCCACAGGAUGAUGCUGUGGGCUCACUGCCAGAGAAAAAGCCACGAGGAAGGCCAAAAGGAAGCAAGAAAAUGAGCACUGUAACUGGACAAAUGGUAGAACCUCCUGCUGGGAAGAGGCCCCGAGGAAGGCCCCGCAAGUGGCCUCAGCUGGUGACACAAGGAGCAUCUCAGGAAGGCGGCCCUCAGGGAAGCGGUGACAUGGACGCAAACUCAGCGUCUGCCAUGCAAGGCAUCACUGGAAAAGACGGUUUCAAGCCCAGCAAAGCUGCUGCUGUUCGGAGGUCUCUGAGCAGCAUCGCCGCCGCAGCUCAGUAGUGUGCUGCCUGCUCACGUCCUGCUGGAGCCAGAGGACAGGAAAGCAAGCAGCAUUCUUACUGUCAUAUUUCAAAUUGUUCUCUGCGAUGAUUUUGGCUGCGCUUUUCCCUCUGUUGUCUGCUGGCUUACCCCAAACAUCCAAGCAGACUUAAGGGACAAAACAACAAAUGAUAUCUCAGGGAGAUGCCUUCCUCAGUUUGUAGUACGUUUUUUGAGGAUACUGAACUUUUUUAACAGUGCUACAGUGACACAGUGCCUUGAGCUGCCACAGGUAGUGAUAGUUCAAUAGGGUGAUGGUGUUGUCUCAGUUAUAUACACAUACAGGAGAGGAAAACAAUCUGCAUAGCUGGCCAUUGGACUCACAUCAUACCACCUCUGGUACAUGAUGGUGUAGUCCAGGAAUUAAAUUUUGUUGAUUUGCUCAUAGGGACUGCGUCUGAAAGAUAGAGUUGUCCCCUCACUAUACCACAAAGGAGAAAACAACCAAAAACCAACUUGAUGGCAUUUCCAGCUUACCUACAGUUGUUGCUCCAGUGGUCAGCAACUUGGAUGCUUUAGAGGAAAGCUCACACCCCAACACACACCUCAGGGAUUGACUCUGAAAUAUUUCUCCUGGUGCUAGCAGCUCAGGGCCAUCUUCCAUACCUCGCUGUUGCCUCAUGGCACAGCCCCUGGAUUUAUACCAAUUUUCAUGAACAUGUUUACAAAGCUUAGUUACAGCCACUGGAUUUCAUCACUUCCAAGGAGUGUCUGUAGAGAACCAAAGUGACUCAAUGGCAGCUGUUUUGCAGAGCUUCAGGUUACAACUGAAAUUACCAUUGCACCUGCGUGCAUAAUGUGCUCUGUGGGGUCCUCUAGUGUUGCAGCUGUGCAAACAAAAGCUGGCUGCUACCUCUCAGCCAGCAGCACUCACGUCAGCUCAUGCUUCUAGUGUCGAAGAGCAUCUUGCUACGUUCUGAGGAAUGGGGAUAUUUCCCUUAUCCCCUUGCAAACAGCAAAAUCCUGACGGUAUUUUCUAUCUGGUGGAUUCUCUGCCUGCCUAUUAGAGGAAUAAAUUGGGUAUUUCAAUUAUCUUUGACAGGAUGUAAAAUUGGCUAGCUCUACAGUGUUAAAUAUUUAAACAGAACAUAAUUGGCUUUAAAUUUAUGGCAGCUCAUAGCAGAAACCCAUGAAAUGGUGGUAUGUAUUGAGCUCAUUUAUUAUCCUUUCAUCGUGUCUGUUUCCUUAGCAGGAAUGUAUUUAAUACAAGAAAAUACCUGCAGGCAUAGGAGUUAAGAGGAAGGGCUGACUGGGGAGAGAAAAUAGAAAAAAACACAUUUUUUUUCCCUCUCGGUCACUUUGUCCAAUCUGCCCCGUUCAGCAUCAACCAGGGGCCUGACCCGGUGACUGUGCUCUCAGGUUUGCCCUAACAGUAGUUUCUUGUGUAUGCAGUUUGGUGGUUUGGGCAGAAAACCCCAUCAGAGAACUCUUUGUGCCUCCCCUGCUCCACAGCAGGGAAAUCAGGGAUCAGGUGCAUCACAGGGGGUGACCUGAACCCGCAGGAUGAGGCAGACUGCCUCCUGCUGCCUGCUCACAUCAGCUGGGACAACGUGUGAGUCUGUCCCUGCUGACUGCUCCUCUGAGUUCAGGGCAGGAAACUGGUCUUCAGUGGACAUGAAUUCAUCUGCCGUUCAUGUCUGCAUUCAAAGGGCACUCCGGUGAUCAAGAUAUCUUACCAACUUCUUUGCCUGAUUGGUAAUUGAGACAGAUUUAGUAUUUUUCUUUCAAGAGUGUACUGUGUACUUCAUUGAGCCCUAUUACCUGAGAGCAGUAACUGCAACCACGAGGGACUGAAAUCUCAGCUUCUCUAAAUGGAUUUGGUUUGGCAUCUGUAUGACUCGAGCUUUUCCUAUGAAAACCAGGCAAACUUUCCAUAGCUGGUGACGUGGUGCAGGGGUGGAAUCUGCCUCAGCCAGAUAGUAAAUGCUCUGGGAUCAGAUCAGUAGCAUUGCGUUGGGAAUAUAAGUACUCCUUCUCUUGGAAACAAAAAAUACAGCAUUUGCUACCUCUCAGCUGGGAAACCAUGGGAGAAAACAGGAGCCUCUGAAAAUGUAACUGCUUUAGAGCAAGCAGAAUUCCAUGCUCAUUUGGGCUACUCUGCACAUAGUCAAAAUCCCAAUCCGUAACUUCAGCUUCCACUUUUAUGCAGAGACUUGGAAUGAAAGCCUACAAAAGGCAGGCGGAAUUCCAGUCUUCUUCAGAGAAAUAGGGUCUCACCCUGGAUUUUCUUAUUUGAAAUAACCAACGCUUUCUUUUUGCCAUAGCUAGUCACACGGUCAGUGCAGCCAAAUCCAGCCAAAUCCUACCUCUAAGUAAAUGCCUUUCCAGUGUUUCUAAGCUUGGACAGUUUGGGUCUGAAUCAUAAACAGGUCACUGCAGUUGGAUUAGAACAGAGCAGAUGAGAGAUCUGUUAUCCAGCAAAGCUUUAAGAUUCUCAUAAAUGGUUCCAGUUUGGACGUAGGCAUAAAAAGAGUUGGCAAUUUGCAAAUGAACCUUGGAGUUUAUUUUUAAUAAAGGUAUAAAACUUCUAGUACCUCAGGCAUCUGCUCUGCCUCUUCUGUGUUUAACAGCCUCAGCACACGCUCACAUCACUAGCCACACUUGUUUCUGUAUCUGAACCAGAUUGCCAUGCAUUAUAAAACAUGACAGUUACUCGGAGCACCCACAGACCUAUAAGAAAACAAUAACCAGCACGAAUGAUGCAAGGAAAACCGCCCUGCCUAAACCCAAGUGUUGUGCCUACCGUAUAUCUUCCUGCGCCUUGUGAAUGGCUUGAUCAGGAUACAGGAUAAUUCUGCUUCAUCCAUGCACUUAGAAUUCUCUACAGCUUUUGUCUAUGCCACUCAGAGGUGGCUGACUGCAGAGCUUGCCAUCUGAAGCCUUCCAUGUUUCCUUCAGACUUUGAAAGAAGAGGGGAAUUCACUCUGUACAAAUUUACCAACAGGUACUGAGGAUACACUCCAGUUUUCCCCAGAAAAUGUAAGCAGGGAAAAAAGAAAAUCACACAACAUUUCAUGUAAAUUCUUUCAUUAUAUUUCAAUGCUUAAAACACAGAAUACUUGAAUUCAAUUACAUCAUAAUGCUUCUGCUAGGUUGCACAUACACUUCCAAGAACUGUGAGCGAAGGUGCUACUGAACUAAAAGAAUACUCCAGUACAAGCCCAGCAAAUAUCCAUAAUAUUCUUCUAGUCUUAUUUUCCAUACUUCUUUAACCCAAGGGCAGUUGUCACAGGACAAAACCUACUGCAGCAGGAAGAAGAGUUGAAGAGAAUUCCCCUGCAGGAGUGUUUGUUACACAAGCUUUAUCUCAGCACUGAUGCAGAAUGAGGUGUGUGGUUUUGUACUGCAGCUGGCAGAUGCACUGCUCAGCACUGCGCAGUGGUCUGAGGAAACAGCCCAGCUUAGGUUGCCCUUUCUGGAGUGUAUAACGACAACACAAGUUUCCAUCCCAGAAUUAGAGGGAUCGAAUGCUGGCAGGUUGGGAUAGCCAUGCACCAAUGCCACCAGUCAUGUCCCUGCCCUGCUGCAGAGCACAGGAGGGUGACAGGCAAUGAGUGCCUGCUGCUGAAGGGAGGAAUGUGUCUCUGCAGCUCGCUGUUCUCAGUGAGCACUUGGAGGCGAUAAAGAAACGGAAGCUAGGGCUGGGGGAACGGGUCUGCUUUUUUAGCUGCUCACACAAGCAUAACCUCUGGGAAGGCCCAAAAACAGUGGCCUCCAAAUUGAGAUUACAUGGAGUAUUUGUACCCACACCCUCCUUCCAACAACCUCCCUAGAGUGCCAACACCAGCAGCCUGGGAAUGUCUCCUGCCAUACCUUACCAGGCCUUGAGGACAGGCCAUUUUCUACGGGUACUGACACUUUUAUACUUCCCUUUCAUAGCUCUCUGGUUUUUAAAAGAGAGAGAGACUGAAAAAUUAAAGCAACUUAGUCCCGCAAAAAUGUCAGAAGGGAAGCUGGGUCAAUCAAGAAGGCAGGGCUAGUGAGCUGUUUGCUGCGGGGGUCAGUGGCAUGUGUCCAGAAAAGGGUUCAAAAGAAGAAAAAUCACAGUGGGGAGCUAAAUACAGCACUUAGGAGAACAAAACUAGCUUGGAGGCCCAAACUUGCAACAAAGCAUUUUACCUGAAUUGCCACUAGUGAAACACCUCCUUAUGAAAAGCUCACCUUUAGAUCUGCAUUCAAAUUUUGGCUGGCCCUGAUUCCCUUUUAACUCGUGCUGUGGAUGGAAUAUGAUCUGACAAAAGCAGGUGCUGCAAAAAACAAACAAACAAACAAACAAACAAAAAACAAA